ACAGGAAGCGAUGGAAGAAGAAGACGCGCAGCAAAAAGAGACCAACGGUUUGACGCAGUUAGUUUAUGAACGCGCGCAUCGGCUUGUUAACUAAUGGUUAACUGUAACGGACUUUGGAUGCCGCUGUCUCCAGUAGGACCGCGUUUUAAAUGCAGAAUCCAAAACUUAGAGAGGUCUUCUGCUCCGGUCUGAGCUUCCAGCUCAAAGCCUUUCAGGGUUCUUAAAGGGGAAUGAAACACCGUUAUUAUCUUUUUCGAUUAUGAAUUGCAGCUAAAAACACCCGGCUUUGUGUAUCUCAUAACAAGUAUUUAUAGUCAUGGCAAGAGUCGCCGUGAAUAGGUUUAUAGAGAUUUGUAAAUAUCUCCAGGAGCCCAUCCUUGUCGCCAGGUUUCAACGUUUUUGCGGCGUUAAAGGGACAUUUCCGGAGAAGCGGACACAGCCGGACAGCGGGCAGCAGGACUCGGGGGUUCCGGGGCUUAGGAAGAGGGUCCAGCCGAGCUCGGAUGAAGGUGUGGGGAACGGAGAUGCCGCCGCAUCGCAGGUUAACGGGAAGCCGGAGGAGGACAGCGUCGGGCCUGAUGGUCCAGUAGAGGCAGACACAGUGAGAGCGAAGCCCCUCCGGAGAAACUCUCUGACCGGGGAUGUGGGUCAGGAGUUCCUGAUCCACAACAAGUUCCUCUUCUACCUGUUCACCUUCGGGACGGAGCUCGGCAACGAGAUGUUCUUCAUUGUGUUCUUCCCCUUUCUCUUCUGGAAUGUCGACGCGCUGGUCAGCAGGAGGCUCAUCGUGGUUUGGGCCUGGAACCUGUUCGUGGGACAGUCCACUAAAGACAUGAUCCGCUGGUCCAGACCAGCCUCCCCUCCUGUGGUGAAGGUGGAGGUCUUCUACAACUCCGAGUACAGCAUGCCCUCCACGCAUGCCAUGACGGGGACAGCCAUACCUUUCUGUAUCUUCAUGCUGACCUAUGGACGGUGGCAGUACCCUUUCCUUUUUGGCUUCUGCCUGGCCCUCAGCUGGAGUGUGCUGGUCUGCGUGAGCCGGGUCUACAUGGGCAUGCACUCUGUUCUGGAAGUAAUCAGCGGCUUCCUGUACAGCCUUCUGGUCCUCGCCUUCUUCCAGCCAACCUUAGAUAAGAUUGACACCUACUACAUGAUGGACCGCUACGCUCCUCUCGUCAUCAUCGUGUCACACGUGAGCCUGGGACUCGUAGCUUUCUCUCUGGAUUCAUGGAGCACGUCUCGUGGCGACACCGCUCAGGCUCUUGGCACGGGGGCCGGAGCAGCUCUGGCUUCACAUGUGAACUAUCAGCUUGGGCUGCUGCAGGAUCCACCGCUGUCCUCUCUGCCUCUAACUCUACCACCAAUCACUUCAGGCCUGCUGUUGCGCUCGGUGCUGCGCUUCGUCAUCGGAAUCGCCGUUCUGCUCGCCACAAGAAUGGUCAUGAAAGCAGUGACUAUCCCCUUCUUGUGCCGACUUUUCGGACUGCCCUCGGAUGACGUGAGGCGGGCGAGACAGCAGAUGAAAGUAGAGCUUCCUUACCGUUAUAUGGUCUACAGUGUCGUUGGGUUUAGUUGUGUCUGCUUUGUGCCUGUCCUCUUCUGGAUCUUACACCUUGACUGAAUAUUUAGUGAAAACUCUUUGGCCUUUUUAAUAGAUACCUACUGCCUGUUUUGACAGAAACAGGUUGUUUCUGAGCAACAAGCAGAGUUGAAAGAUACAUCAGAUUAUAUUUGGGUCUCAAAAUCCAAUCAGACAACCACUAAAGUAAUUAAUUAUAGUAAGUAUUAUUGCAGCCAAAGAAUAUCCAGGAAAGAAGUUAUUAAACCCCAACAAUAACCUAAUCUCAAGAAUCUAUAUUAAUGUGUAUGUGGCCCAUUAAAGCACCAAUCUUUCUUUUCAGUAAGAAUGAUUAAUCUUUAAUUAAAAGGGGAAAAGUUAUGGAUGUCUUUAGAUAAAAAAUUUGCAUUAAUAUAUCUGUACCAAUCUGGCUUUUCCUAACUAAUAAUUAUUUCCCUUCAACUACUAAAAGUUGACCGAUCACAUUUUUUUAAAGUUUUUUUUUAAAACAACAUGCAAUUUAGAGAUAUAAAAUAAACAUUAAACUAAUAAAAGCAACGUAUAUAUUCCUUAAUAUUAUCUGAUUUACAUUUUUUAUGUAUUUACAAUCAGGUGGGAGUUCUCAUUCAGGAAAUGAAUGGAAAAAAUUGUUUGAAGGAAAAUUAGAUGAUUCUAAUCUUUGGGCCAAUUGCUGCAUCUCUACUCGUGAUAUA